CCCUCCUCGCCGCGCCCGCCUCCGCCAUGGACGGGUACGGCGCCGGCGGCCGGCUCGCCGCUGCCUCCGCCUCCCCGCAGGCCGAGGAGGCGAUCGCCGCGGUCCGGGACGACGCCUACGCCCGCCUCCGCACCCCCUCCGACGAGGAGGACUGCGACGGCCUCUACGGCGACGUCAACGUCAGCUUCCUCCCGCUCCUUCCGCUCUCCCCCUCCCCGGCCCCCUCCUCGCCUCCCAAAACCCCCUCCCCCGGCUGUUCAAUCCUGUCCCUGUCCCCGUCCCCGUCCCCGCCGCCGCACCGCACCCCGGCUCCGGAGCGCCAGCCCGAGGCGCGGCCGGAACCCGCCGCCCCGCGACAGCAGCCGCCGCGGCCUCCUCCUCCUCCUCCUCCCGCGCCUCCGGGACACCACGUGCCGCCGCGGCCGCAGCGCGCGCCGCGCGGUGGGGGCGCCUCGGCCUCCUACUCGUCGCCGCCCAGGUACACGGCGCUGUACAUCAGCGACCUCCACUGGUGGACCACGGACGCCGAGGUGGAGGCCGCGCUCGAGCUCACGCCACACGGCGGCGCCGCCGCCGCCGCGCUCUGUGGCCUCCAUUUCUACUCCGAAAAGUUCACCGGCAAGUCGCGCGGCAUCUGCCGCGCCGAAUUCCUCAACGCCGCCGCGGCCGCGUCGGCCGCCGCCGCGCUCCACGGCCGCGCCUUCCACGGGCGCCACUGCGUCGCCUCGCUCGACCGCCCGCCCGCGCUCAACCGCCUGAGCGACGACUCCGACUCCUGCGCCGAGGCGGCACGGACCCCGAACCCUACCCAAGGCCUCGGCAACGGCGGCCGGGGCGCGAGCAACGCGACGACGGGACGAGGCAAUGUGGGUCCCGUGUUGGGUGAUCGGCCGACUCUGGCGCUGCCUCCACUGUCCGUGGUUCCCCGGCCGUCUCCUGGGCCGCCGUUUGGUGGCAUUAUGGGAGGUGUUGGUGACUACGGUGGAUUCCAGUCAAUGGGGCAGUACAAUGUGGGGAUGGGUUGUGGCAUGUUGCCGUCGCCGAUGGCGCCCCACGUGAACCCAUCCUUCUUGGCUACCGGCGGGAUGGCCGUGCGUGGCCCGGGAGUGUGGCAUGGUCAGGGGAUGGCUGGGGGCUUUUGGGGUGCUCAGCAAGAGUGGAAUUUCAGAGGUUGUCAGGUGCCAUGGCGGCAGCUACCGCCAUCAGUGCAGCAGCAGUACGGGAAUGGGAACUAUGGAAAGGGGCGUGGCAUGAGGCGUGGAAGACCAGGUAGUAGGAUUGAGGAGAGGGGCGCCAUUGGCAAUGCGAGCAAUUCGGAUAGAAGGCAGUCUGACCAUGAUGGGGGUGAUUGGUACAAAGAGCAUGACCGUGAGAAGGGUUGGCAUCGGGAGCGAGAGAGGCAUUGGAAUGAGAGGGAUCGACAUGGGGGUGACAAGAGGAGGCGCCAGGAGUACACUGAGCAUGCUGACUUUGACAGGAGAGGGCGGGCGCGGUCGAGGAGCCAAUCAAGGGAUGAUAGUGACGAUGAUCAUCCAAGGAGGCGGCACUAACGUUUUGCGCACCAGUAAGCAUCUUCUAGCUAAAUGGUACAUUGUCUUUUGCUGUCAUGUUCAGCAACUUCUGCUCUCCUGUUGUUACGCUGCAGGCACCAGGCUUACCCAGUAUUACCAACUAUCAACUGACUCUUCUGCAGUGGUUAAAGUUAGCAUAAUUUAUGGCGACAUUACUUUUGGCGCAGACUACAGCGUUAUUUUAACUCCAGAAAAUACGGGCUGUACUUGGCUCAGCUAAUAUAAGCAGACUUUAUUUAUCGUUGCAGGACUAUACCUGACUCAGCUAAUAUAAGCAAAGACCUGACUCAGCUAAUAUAAGCAGACUUCAUUGAUCGUUGCAUGUCA